AUGUCUAUUUCCAACUACUACGUUGCUACCAAUUCUAAUGAUAGCGGCAACCAUAGACAGGAGCAAUUAGAGAUACCGACCAACAAGACUCGUUCGGAGUCGUUUCCUAAGGUCUCUGAGCAGGUGCAUCAUGUUCCCCAGCAGAAUCUAGAACUCCAAAGGCUUCAACAGCAACUACAAGGCCAACAGAUCCAACAGCAACUACAGCAACAUGUGAACCAAUCCUUGCAAAAUGUUCAGCCUGUCCAGCCAAUGUUUGAUCAUCAAUUGCAAAACCAACAACAACAACAGCAGCAACAACAACAACAACAGCAACUACAGGGGAUCCCAAGCAACAGUCCCAGUCACUACUUUAGACAGCCCACUCAGAAUCUUCAUAAUGGGAAUUUCAACAUGAAUAUGAACUUGAACAUGAAUCUACUCCAACAACAGCAGCAGCAACAGCAACAACAACAGCAAUUGGCUAGGCAGUAUCAACAACUUCAACAACAGCAACAACAACAUCAACACCAGCAGCAAGCACUGCCUCCACCACAACAACAGUAUUUUAAUCAAGCUACAGAGUUCCCAGUGACCUCCCAAGCGAUAACAACACUACAACACAUCCAACAGCAACCUACCAAUUACUUUCAGAACUCUAUAUUUGCUACCAGAAAGGAGGCUUAUCUACAGUAUCACGAUUGUCCAUACGAGUCUAUUAGGAAAGAGAACUUCUGGGUAAAGAAUAACGAUAACUUGACCAAGAUAUCCUGCCAAUUAAAAGGCUGUGACUUCAAGGUUAACAUAAAAAAGAUCCGUAACACCACCAAGGAUUCUCAAACGUCUUUGCCCAAGGAGGAAACUUUAGGUUUUGAGUUGAAGGAGAUUCACGCACAUAAUCACCAGCAUUUGCCCACUUAUCAGAUAUCAGAUCAGAUGUACAUACCAGUUGGACUGCAUAAAGAGUUGCAGAAACUUAUGGAGUUGCAUCCAGACACAACCUCCGCUAAGUUGCUCAAAUCUUAUGAAAUCAACGAAGUGCUGGGACUCAACAUUGACAAGUUUGAGAAAACAACAAAAUCCAAAUUGUUACGAUUCAUGACCCGUCAGAGAUCGAAACUCAAGCUCUCCACUCCGAAACAUCAAAAGAGGAAAACUGACGACUUUUAUCAGGGUAGCGAGCAGAGCAAAGCCGAUUCAAAUGGUAAAACUGAGUCCGUUGAUCUUGCAGAUGCUGAUGGUCAAGUUCCUCCUAAAAGACAACGUACGAAAGCUGAUACAACUGAAUCUGAAUUUUACACCCAACUACAACUGGAUCCCACUGACAGCAUGCUAAAAAAUUCUCUUUCCGACGAAGAUGAUAUGUCUGCAAUGGCUCAGGUUACUGGAAUUUCCGGCAAAGAGGAGUAA